AGACACGCCGACCCAAGAAGGCAACACCAUUCUGUCUCACCUUGCACGGUACUGUCCGUCGUCGCCUCCAGCUCACUCGGCUCCGAUGAAGGAGAAGGACCGCCGCAGCGGCGCCAGCUUCCCCUUCUCCAUCGGCUGCAUGUCGCAGUCCGCCGUCGCCGUUGCCGACCCGCUCGACAAGAAGCCGCCGCUGCCGCAGCGGCUGGCCGACAACCCCUCCUCCUCCACCAACACGGCGGCGGCCACCACACAGGAGAGAGGCGCCGGAGAAGAAAGCAGCGAGGAGAAGGCCAAGGCCGCGGCGGCAUCGGGGAUCGUCUCGGCGGGGGUCCAGCGGCUGCUCAAGGGGAUCAAGACCUUCUUCGCGGCGUACGACGGCGGAGAAGAAGAUGAAGAGGAGCGGGAGAUCGUGAUCGGGUACCCCACCGACGUGCAGCACGUCGGGCACAUCGGCUGGGACGGGAUCAACAAGGUGGGCGGCAUGGGCGUGGGCGUGGGCAUGGCCGGCGCCUUCUCGCUGCCAUCCUCCCUCUCCCUCCGCCAGCUCGAGAUCGCCAUGGACCCCGGCGCCGCCGCCACCACCUGCAUCAACUGAUCCAUAUAUAAUUCUCCAUUUCCAUGCAUCAUAAUCCACCUCACUCGACUCGAGCGAGCAACCGCUCUGCCCAAGACUGUGACUGAGGUCGAAGACUGUGUAGCACCCAGCCAGCCAGAGAAGCCCAAGAUGGAGACGGAGGCCGGCAGCUGUAGAGAGUGUCGAACCGGACGAGUGCCGUCGUCGCCGGCGAAGAAGAGAAUAUAUUCGUCUCUGUCUGUCAUCGCGGUGACACCGCCGAUGCUGCAACAGUGGGGUCACCGGUCACCAGCUAUCCUUGCUGCUGCUGCGCAAUUAUGAUCUGGUUGGUGAGACGCACACACAAUCUGCUGCUGCUUCUUGCUCCCAGAGUUGGCAUGUUACCUUGACCUGUGUGUGUGUGUGUUUUGCGAAGGAGUCAAUUCGGCUUGUGUAUAUAACUCUCCUUUUAGUCUUAAAUAGAUGAUGAACUGCUGGCGGUGUUUUGCUAAGGUUUGUAACAAAUGGCGUUCCUGUCGCUGCAUGGCACUCCCUCCUAUUCAUAAAUAUAAGAUGUUUUAGAUAUUUUAAUAUAAAUUAUA